AUGAACAUUGAGACCAUGGCUGGCCUCAACGCUUUGUACGAACCGAUCUACUACAACGACCUCUCAAAAGACCACAACAUUGUGCACAUCAAGAAGGAUGGGAUGUUUGGAAUCAACUACCAGCUCAAAACAGCAGCUCUGCUCAACUCUAAAUGGGCUGAGCCCCUCCUGCUAGAUUCUGACAACAUCCCAAUGCUCGAUCCGGCGAUUCUUUACGAUUCACUUCAGUAUACCGAGUACCAUACGGUAUUUUGGCCUGACAUCGCGCGUACGCGUCCUCAGAACCCGGCCUGGGCGAUUUUCAAUACUCCAUGCCGAAUGGCUGAAUACGAGCAGGAGAGCGGUCAGCUUCUAGUUGAUAAGAGGCGCUUCUGGUAUCAUCUCCAGCUUGCCUCGUGGCUGAACAACGAACAGGGGAAAUACUACAAUGAUUUCCUGUUAGGCGACAAGGACAUGUUCCGCUUUGCGUGGCAUGCGUUGCAAACUUCAUUCGGGAAGCCAAAGAAAUGGCUUACGAGCGUGGGAACAAAGAAUGAUUGGUUCUACUGCGGGCAUUCCUUCGCUCAAUACCAUCCAGAUGACGGCCGCGUUGCAUUCCUUCACGGCGGACUGGUCAAGACAGUGUCGCUCGAGGUGUUGAGAUGGAAUCGUGACGUCAUGGGAGGUUAUCUACGACACUACAAGAGGGCAUUGAGCGAAGAAAGUCCACAGGUAAACAUUAACGUGGCUAUCAAGUGGGAUGGCGCUGCGUAUAUGCCCGACCACUCCGACAAGUUUACAGCGGCGCAGUGUACAGAAAUGCUCGAUGCUGAAGCAAGGGACGUGGACGAGAUCCUAUCUGGGCUCGAGCAAACGUUUCGUGAGCUCGGUGGAUACUGGCAGCUGGACCAGGAGGACACAAUGAAGUUGGGUCGGUUUGGGCCUUCACCUGCGAGCUGA